AUGUUUUAUGGAAUUUCACAACCACGAUUUGGCGCACCCCAAUUUGUGCAUCUCGUUCCAGCCAAUCGUCGUCUCACUGUUACCGAUAAAGUCCAAGUGGAGAAUCUUCAUACUUUUGGUGUCAAGACGUGCCAUAUUAUGGGAUACAUUGCAUUCCAAAAGGGUGGAUAUCGUCAUGCUGGCUUCACCCGCAAAGAUUUGUACAACCACGUUGAUCGUUCUCGUAGAUCAAAAGUAAAAAAUGGGGAUGCCAAUGUAGCAAUCAACUAUUUGAUUAGAAAGUCAAACAACGAUCCGUUGGAGCAUAUAUUUUGGGCAGAUGGGCAAUCAAUUGUCGACUAUUACUACUUUGGAGAUAUUGUUGCCUUUGAUUCAACGUACAAGAAGAAUAAAUACAACAAACCAUUGGUCAUUUUCUCCGGAUGCAAUCAUCACGGGCAGACUAUUAUUUUCGGCUCCAGUCUACUAUCGGACGAAACGACAAACAUGUAUAAGUGGUUGUUGGAAAUGUUUGUUGAAGCGAUGGGUGGGAAGCUUCCUAAAGCAGUUAUAACUAAUGGAGACCUUUGA